UUUUUUUUUUUUUUUUGGACAUCUUUCUCAGUUUCUCUCUCCUCUCGAUUCACACUCUCUCUUUCCUUGGUUGCCAUAGCUACUCCUUCUCUCCGCGCUUCACACACACAAGCUACAAACUUGACACCACCCCAUUUUACGUUUCUCGGCGAAUUUCAAAACCCUAUUGUCCGUUUUCAAAGUUCUUUAACCCCUCUCGGGAACAUUGAAACCUAGGGUUUUUACUUUUCCCCCUCUUUUUACUGGGGAUCUAAAAUUGAUGAGAUUACUAUGAUUUGCGUGGCUAAUUUGUGUACUGAAGAUGACUAAAGACACAGCGGGACCGAGUGGAGGUGCAUUUCACGCGGUUCAUGCGGAGCGUGACUUACAAUCCAAUUGGGAAGUUGACCUAGCCAAGAAACUUGAAGAGUAUUUGCUUAAAAUUUGUUCCGGUGAAAUCACUGGUGAAGAAGAAGGAAACAUUCAUGUGAAUUUUGCUGAAGCUGCUUUGCUGCUUCAGGGUUCCAUACAGGUGUAUAGUCGAAAGGUUGAAUAUCUUUACAACUUGGUAUUGCGUGCUUUGGAGUUCCUUUCUCAGAAAAGACAGCCAGAUAAUGUAGAUGGGGCAUCAGUCCAACAAGAAGAAAGUGGCCCCUCUGCCGUUGCUGCUGAUGGAGAAGAAAAUGAUCAAUUUUGGGGUUUAGAUGACAUCCCAGUUGAGGAAAAGAAUUCAUUGGACAGUUCAACAGGCAAAGAAGUGAAUUUGGAUCACUUCAUAAAACCCCCUGCAAAUCUAGUUGUUCUUGAAGGUGACUGCUUGGAUGCUGGUGGUGAUGGAGGGGAAUUGGAAUCUUAUCUGCUGUCCACUACGGACUUGUACCAAGAUUUUAUUUUGUUGGACACAUCUGAUGCUGUGGCAGUUAACGAGUUUAUGAACGGCAAAAAAGCUGGUACGGCAAUUAAUGGUACUAUUAGAGGAACCUCAACUCGUAAAAGCUUUCUUUCUCCUAGACGUUCUGGUGGAAGUGCUCGUAAAUCGGUUGCAAAGAGUCAGCGUGCUAAUUCCAUGUGCUCUCCUAAAAAUUUUAGUUUUGAAGACAAAGAUGCUCGGCCCAGUUCUCCGAUCUCUGCUGGUGUUGAUAACUGUGACUUUGGACCUAAUAUGGAUGAUGGAUUUGAUACACCAUGGGAUGCAGACAAUUCUGAUGCAGAUGUUGAAGAUGAUCCAUGGAAACCUUUGAAUCCUCAUGAACCAGGAAACUUGAGAGUGAAGCCCUUUCGAAAAGUGAAAGCUUUAAGAAAGGUUGGCAUCAAAGUGAAACGUCAAGUAUCUUUGAGCACCAUGUUUCCACUUGCAAAAUUGCAUGGUCCUAUCAGUUCCGAGCUAACAGAAAUGUGGGAGAUGCGACGUUGUGCUCGCCAACGACAAAAGGAUUCUCAAUCUACUCCACCUUUAUACGAGACGUUGAGGCAAUCUCUUAUUAACGAGGAAAAUGAAACUGGUAGAACGUUUCUUAACUCUGAAGCUGAUAACGACGACAACGAAUUUGAUAAUGGAUUUCCUGAUUUUGAUAUGCCUGGCAAUGAUUUCAUGGAUGAAGAAGAUCAACAUCCUUUCGAUAAAGAGCCUGGAGUUGAUGAUGUUCAUGCAAAUGCCGAUGAAGCUGAUCUGGAAUUUCCAAAUUCUCAGACAAGUUUGGAAGAUCUUUGCCGCUCUCAUCUGAAUGCAAUCCUAGCUAGCAUAGCUGAAUCUGAGAAGCAAACUGAAAUGGCUGCUAGGAUUUCAACAUGGAAACAAAGAAUUGAGCACAACUUAGAAGAACAGGAUUCACACCCACCGUUUGAUAUCCGAGACUACGGUGUAAGAAUUCUGGACAAACUAUCCCUUGAAGAAAGCAGUAGCAGUGGCAGUGUCAUGCCCUUUUCUGAUUUGGUCAAGGGACAAGAAAAGUACAACGUAUCCCGAAGUUUCUCUUCACUUCUUCAACUGGUGAACAAUGGAGAAGUCAAUUUACAAAGACACGAUGUUCCUGGGGAUUCUUUUUGUUACUCAGCUGAUAAUCCUUUUCAUGUUAAGCUCCUCAAGCAUGACAAGAAACAGGAGGUUGUGCAGCAGCAGUUUGGUAUAUCGAAAAAGAGAGCAAAGUCCCCAACAAAAAAACCGUCCAUAAAAGAGGGUGAGAAGAAGAAAACUAGAAGAGAAAAGUCGCCCGUCAGUUCAUCUUCUAGGAAACAUGGACAUACAGGGUUAUCAUCGCCUGCCAAUUGUAAGUUUUCUGUAAACCAUAGAAAGGUGAGUGCUAUGAAGUUCUCUCCUCAAUCCAAGAGAAGGCGUAGAUCUCAAUUCGUCGAGCCAGUUAAUCUACAUUCAGCAGGGUGACACUGACAGUAGCAGCAGCUUAUUCCACUAAGCAUGGAAUGGUUUAAUUCAAGACAUAUAAUGGAUGUCUUACCCCUUAGUUAAGUUGUGUAUUCAUUAGAGUCCUAGUUCUAACUAAAUAGUAAUUUUGCACAGUUUUCAUCUGUAUCAUUAUUGCUACUGCCCAAAGUAGUAACAUAUUGAUGUAACCUUGUAACGCCAUGCAUUCUUAAUAAUUCUGCAAUUCGUAAAUUAUACGUAAAUUUCUGUU